AUGGAUGCUCCGUCAGCUCCAUCAUCAGCUUCCCAUGGGUGGAGAGGCAUUCUGCUUGGCAGGGAAAUUCUUCGAAAAGGCCUCGGCUGGACCAUAGGAGACGGGAUGGACAUAGACGUAUGGAAUAAUUCCUGGCUCUCUACAUCCCGACCUUUAACUCCUAUAGGACCACCAAACAAAGAUAAUGCAUCCCUCAAAGUAAAAGAUCUCCUCUGUCCAAGCACUAAUGAGUGGAAUGUCAAUGCUAUUCGUAACCACUUACCUCAGUAUGAGGACAUGAUCAGGAAAUUAAUCACCAGUACUCACCGGCAUCGAGAUUCAUUAGCCUGGCUUCCGGAAAAGUCAGGAGUAUACUCAACAAAAUCAGGUUAUGCAAAAGCUAUCCUAUCUGAAUCAACCUCUGUCUCUCCAUCCUUCAAUUGGCAGAGUAGCAUCUGGAAUCUGCAGACUGCACCAAAACUAAAAAGCUUUCUUUGGAAAGUCACAAAUAAUGCGCUCGCCUUAGGCUCCAAUCUUGCUAAACGAGGCAUAGGCUCUGCUAACUUAUGCAAAAGAUGUGGAAUACUGGAGGAUGAACUGCAUAUCUUUUUGCUUUGCCCCUACGCAGCCAAAGUUUUGGAUUUGACUCCGGGGCUGAUGAAGCCUACUGACAACCCCCUCCCCACCUCCAUCUGUCACCUUAUCAAGACUGCAGGGCUAAUACAGAACCUCCCCCCAACAGGUAUUGCCUCCACCCCUAUUUUCCCCUGGAUUUUUUGGCUUUUGUGGAAAGCAAGAAACUGCCUAGUUUUCGAGGAUCGAGUGAUUACCGAGAAGGACACAUCGACCAAGGCUAUCAGAGAAGCCAGAUUAUGGUAUGAGGCACAAGCAAAAGAUCCCAAACCUCAACGUACCUUACCACCUCCACAGAACCAGGAACCUCUUCUUUCGAGCUUCUCUUGCUUUGUGAAGGCUGCUUGGUCACCCACUUCUUGUCAAUGUGGUUUAGGAUGGGUAUUCAAAGACCCGCUCACCCAUAUUUCAUCAUCCUUCUCUACUUCUAGAGAUUUUGUGGGCUCUGCCUUGGUAGCAGAAGCCUUAGCCGUUUGCAGUGCUCUUACCAUGGCUGCAGGGAUGUAUGGCGACUUAAAUAUUUCAGUGUUCUCGGAUUCCAAAAUCCUUAUGACACUCAUCAAUACAAAGGAUAGUACUACAGAACUCAAGAGGAUCCUCCAUGUUAUAGCUCUGUUAAAGUCCUCCUUUGCUUCUAUCUCUUAUAAUUUUAUCCCAAGAGCUUGGGAUGCUGCAGCUGAUUCUGUUGCUAAGCUUGCCUUAAUGGCCCGUAACCUUUCCUCCUCUAAUGGAGUGUAA